GAUGCUUCCAUGAGUCCAAAGCAGUGAGAGCCGAAAAAUACAACAAAUAAUUUCGUUCAUAUUUUCGUCAUCGAUUUCAUAAACCGUUAACUAUGCUGCUUCUUCUCCUUGCCUCUCACAAUAACUAACACAUCCACGCGAAGAAGCCGAAGAAGGAGCCCUCUCUCCUCCUUCCUUCAUGGCUUCUUCAUUCUCCUCUCUUCGCUUUCCCUCCCCUAACCCUAAUUCCUGUCUCGUGCGUCCUCCUCGCACCCCAGCGCUCAACUUUAUCGUCAAUUCCUUGCCACCGCGCAGGCUCCAAUGCUCCGUCACUCCUCCUCCUCCUCCCUCGGAGGAAAAGUCGUUGGCGGUAGCCACCGGCGAGAUUUUCUUGAGACUUGCUUCGCGACUGAUUAAUCGCCGGAGCAACGGCACUGUUGUGGGCGAUUCCAGCCCUGGAACCAUGUUUGAGGGUUCAACCGACAAAACGGCGUUGUAUGAGGAGCGGAUCGGGGCGGUGAUUGAGGAUGAAGUUCAGCCUGGGGUCCUGUGGGAGCAGAGGGUUGAGGACGUUGAGGCUGAGCGGGAAAGGCGCGUGGUUACCAGUCCUGGGUUUAGCUUCUCGGCAGCUGGGCUUUUGUUUCCUUAUCAUCUUGGAGCGGCUAAAUUUCUCAUUGAGAAGGGUUACAUUAAGGAAACCACGCCAUUGGCUGGUUCCUCUGCUGGAGCUAUAGUCUGUGCUGUAAUUGCCUCUGGAGCUAGUAUGGAAGAGGCCCUGAAAGCUACCAAAAUAUUGGCUGAAGAUUGUCGGAGUCGGGGAACUGCAUUUCGGCUGGGGGCUGUUCUCCGUGAUGUUCUUGAAAAAUUUUUGCCAGAUGACACUCAUAUCAGAUCUAAUGGGAGAGUUAGAGUUGCUGUGACACAGCUUCUUUGGAGACCCAGGGGUUUAUUGGUCGAUCAGUUUGAUUCCAAGGAAGAUCUCAUCAAUGCUGUUUUUACUUCUUCCUUUAUUCCAGGAUAUCUUGCACCUAGGCCAGCAACACUUUUUAGAAAUCGUCUAUGCGUUGAUGGGGGUUUGACAUUGUUUAUGCCACCAACAUCUGCUGCACAAACGGUUCGUGUUUGUGCUUUCCCAGCAAGUCGAUUGGGACUGCAAGGGAUAGGGAUCAGCCCAGACCGCAAUCCUGAAAACAUGGCUAGUCCUCGACAGCUACUCAACUGGGCACUGGAACCAGCAGAAGAUGGAAUCCUCGACCAGCUCUUUGAGCUUGGAUAUCUCGAUGCAGCUGUCUGGGCAUUGGAGAACCCUGUUGAAAAAAUACUGCAAGAUAAUGUACCUUUGGCUUGAAGUAGAGUCCUAUAUGGGGAUUACUGAUGGUCAAAGGAGCUUGUUGUAAAUCCUUGAAAGAGAAAAUCAAAUUAGAAAACGCAGAUGUGGGAGGAAAUCUAAGUGGUAUAUAGGUGUUAUUAACUAAUAGUUACACAGGACGUAAAUAUGGUUUUAUUGAUCUUGUAUAUUGUAGAAGGAUACGGAAUUUCUAUGUUCUCUGCAGUAGUAAGAGAAUAGAUGCCAGCUUACAUAAAAAAAGGGUACAAAAGGGAAAGAACAAUUUAUCAAAAUUAUAUAUCAAAAAGGUCAUUUAUUUUA